AUGGACGGGAUAACUAGCUCGUAUUCAAAGCUUCGAAACAGCGACAUUCCCUUAGAAGAACGCAUCGAACUUUCCCGCCAAAUUUUCAACAACAGUGAAUGCAUUUUACCGAAUAAAAAUCAACUUUUAGUCGAUUGGUCAUGCCAAGAGUUGGGGACGCGUGGAAAAAAACGCGAUGGUUUUAAAGUGGACGAACAUGAAACAGAACUUUGGAAAAUACUUAGUGAAGUCUUAAAUGAUCCAGAGAGCGAGCAAAUUGUUUUGCGUCAAAAAAAUUUACAGCUUUUAUUCAGAGAACUGGAUGAAGUUAGAAACUUUCUCGGAAAGUACUUUUCUGAAAAUGGAGGCCCAAACAAGAUGAGCCAAGAUAGACUGUUGAGCGUCUUCUUGUGUUUUCAAGCCAUAUCAAAGAAUCCCAAUAUGUCUAUGACAUUAUUUAACAAGUUGGAAAAUUUGGAACAAUAUUUGAAAGGGAUUUUGACUUGUUUUUUGGUAGUACUGUUACAGACUGAUUUGCAUACUGCCAAAUUUGUUAAAGUGCUAUCUCACGUUGUUGUUAUUGUGUUACAUCAGUAUAAUACCGCCCAGCAUCAACAGUUUGCCCAACGUAAAAUCUUCACAAACCUUUGCGAGAAAUUACUACCACUUUUAUUAUUAGUGAGAACUGUUGUAAAAGAUGAAAAACUUUUUCAUCCUCAAGAUUUCAACAGAGAUGAGAUUUGUUCUGUAAUUGAUGCUGCGGUCAUAACUGCGCUAUUCCACAAGGAUCUUGCGUCCAAUUAUAUUCCCACUGCCAUCCCUCGACAACAAUCUGAACCAAGCCCAAAAAAGGCAAAACUUGUGAAUUCCUAUAACCAGUUGUUUGAUGUCUUAGAAAGUUUUGCAAAGGGUUGUCAAGAUGGGACUGAUGUGGAAGGUAUUCCUGUCAGAUCAGACUUGGUAUGCCAAGCUAUUUCCACAAGUUUACCUUUCCUGCUGGAGAAUUUCCUAAAAGCCAUUCAACAAGACAGAAAGCUGGAUCAAGCGACCAAGUUUAGCUUUUUUAUUGAGCUUUACAAUGUAACAACACCAAAGGGUUCAGCGGAUGGACUAAUACCAGAUGUAACCAGAACUGAAAUUUUGAGUAAGAUGCUGAAUGUUAUUGUGGAUUUUGAUGUCUACCAGAUCGCUGAGGACAAUGCAAAUGAUAAACCAAUAUUUAAAUGGUUUUUAAGUUUGUUGGAGAAUGGGCUGCUUUCCAAAAGUCACCACACUGCUGUAGGGUUUCAUUGCCUUGAUAUAAUCCUCAAACUUAACCAUAAAAUCAUUGAGAAUUCACUGGAAACUGUCUUAGCUAAAUGUUUUGUUAAGUCUGAAGAAGAAUCCAAAGAAAGUGAUAAAGCAAAGAUUGAAUUGUUGUGCAAUAUAGUGGAAACAUAUAGCAAGCUGCAACAGUUGGAAAAUCUUGUUACAAGUUUGCUGAAAGUUUUCAAUGAGUUGCAAAAUGAACUUGGCACCAUUCCAAGUGAUGUGUUGACCAAACUGUCCAGAUCGUUUGAACAUUGUCCUUUUAACCAAACCCGGAAUAUAUUACAAGUUUUUCUUGAUGAAAUGAAAGAAAAAGUUCAGUCAAUAGAGCAAGAAGAUGGAAACACUGACUUGUCCACAGAAGGAAUCAGUAUUCUUUUUGUAAAUUUUCUUCUCAACUCAUCUUACAGUGCAGCAGACACACAUGGUCUUGACCAAAAGAAAGCAACCAGCCUGGAGAAACUUGUUCAAAAUAUCAAAGAUACUAUAAUCACACCAAUUGUUAAAGCCUUUCCAAGAUUGAAAAAAAAUUCACAAAAAACAGUUGGUUUCGCUACCUUGUUUCUUAUUCAUGGGUUGAAUAGUUUAGUCCUGUUUCUACACCAACACAAUGUUAUUCCUACAUCAGAUGAUCAUUAUGUUAAACUGCUCUGGGAUUCCAAAGAAGAAGCUUACAUUCCAGAUGAGACUUGGAGUGGUUUGCCUAUCUUGAAGAAAAACCGACGCCUGAGGUUCUGCAUGGAUCUACUUGCUGUCCACAGAGUACGAUGUUUGCUCCUAAAACAAGACUUUGAUCAGAACGAAUUUGAUCACUUGAUCAACUGUCUCUACAGCUUCCAAGAUCCUCAAACAAUACCAGAACUUUCCUUUGUUUCUUGGAACUUUAAUCCAAGUUGUGUAAACAAUGUGAACUAUCCUGUUGCUCACUGGAGUCUAGUAUCCCAGUACGCAGCUUUGCUGAUCCCAUAUUGCAGUGAAAAUCAGCUACAAAAGUUUGCUGAGUUCAUGGUUGGUACGCUUGUCCUUCAAGACGACCAGAUUACAACAGACAAUUUGGUAACCCUACAUCAAGUCUCAGAAAACAUUCUGAAGGAUGGUGAACUGCUUUCUUUGUCAUCAUUACAAGCAGCUGUUGUUAAACAGUUUUGGAAAUUGCUGGGUGAAUGCGUGGGCCAACUGGAUGAUGAUAGGUUGACAGGCGUUUUUACUUGGGAGGUCAAGACGGGACAAGGUCAAGACGGGACACAUGAACCUGAUGAAGCUAAUUUACAGUCUGGGAAGAUAGACACGAAUAUAGCCAUUUCACUGGCACAAGCGAUUGCCAAGGUUAUGAAUGAGCCUCAAAAGAGAGCAAGAAAACAGUCGAAGAGGAAACGCAUUGGGGAUCUGAGCACGGUGGUCCAUCUUGUGAAAGUGUUGCAACGUUUACCAUGUUAUAAAUUUACACCAAGUAAUAAAGUUCGUUGUAUUCUUGGUUCUCUGGCCUGCGAUGUUCUGAUAGGGAAAGCUGGUCUGGAUGAAAAGACUGGUCCUGCUCAACGCUUGGCUGCACAGUUAUCUUGCCGGGAAAUUGUUUCAACCCUAAUCCAAAGUUUGCUUCAACAACGGGAAUUCUCAGCAUGGCAAGUGAUUGAUAUGGCAUCCCUACUGCAUUGGCUUUAUCACACAAUUCCCAAACGGAAUUCUGCCAAAACUUCACCAAGCAACCUCCAAAGCAAAUUCAUGAAUACUUCUAAGGAAUUGCUCAGGCUUGCAGUGAUCCUCGGUAUGAAAUCGCACAGCAAGGCAAGCCUAGCAGCUGUUGUUGAUUUCAGUGAGGAACUAGUUACUUCACUGACAAAUUCAGCCAAGAACACAAACCCAGAAAUUGUGCGAUGUGUUGAAGUACUUGUUAUCAUAGUCUCCGCUUGCAUAGAAUUUUUGGAUCAGAAAGGAAAAAAGACCUCUUCACUGAGGGCAGGAUGGUCUAUAAUUUCCAAAACUGCAGUUAGUCUGACAAGUUUUACCAAAGACACUCUAGAAGAGAAUGCUGUCUCUCACCAACAAGAGGAAAGCUAUGUCGAGCUGGAAAAUAAUGUUAUGAGACUUAGUGCAAUCCUAACACGUGCGAUGGGACUGAUCCCUGAGUCAGAGUUAUCGAAGAAUGAGGA